CUUUUACUCCUCCCCUCCAUCUGUCUCCCUGUCUGCCCCUCUUCUCUCUCUCUCUCCCCUUCUCUCUCCCUCUCUCUCUCGCUCUCUCUCGGGGUGAGGGGAUGAUGGAGGGAGUUGCUGUGUUGCAGUGUUGCAGUGACAACGUUUCCAUAGCUCUCACUUCAUCUGCCUUCCUCACACACACACACACACACACACACACACACACACACACACACAGAGGGAGAAACAGAGAGAAAAACAGAAAGCUAGAGAGGUAGAGAGACAGAAGGAGAGAGAAUGCAUCGCUCUGUGCAGUGAAUAUUCUGUCCAUCUUUCACUUCUUUAAUCAUCCAGGCUUCAAAUGAAAACAUGCAGAGCAGAAGGCAGUGAUGACUCACACAUUUGCAGUGAGACAUGUUCACAACUCCCACCAUCUGGAUAGUCAGAAGAACAGAGACAGUGUGUGUGUGGUUGUCACAGAGAACCCACAGCGAUUCUGUAAGACACUCCACAGAGAGGAAGAGAGAUAAACACCAGGAGCUGCUCCACACAUCUACAUGAGUGCUGAUGUUCACACACACAACAUGAAGAAGAUCUACAUCGGAAAAACCGGCCUGAAGAGCUCACGGGCCGGCUGUAAGCACCAGAAGAAAAGCUCUUUGCAGGAGCAGAAGGAGGAUCUGAGGAAGCGUCUGUCCUUCACCACUCAGAAGCUGGAGUUGUUGGAGAGUGAGUUUGAUUCCACGAGGCAGUACCUCGAGACUGAACUGCGCAGAGCUCAAGAGGAACUCGACAAGUUCACUGAUAAACUGAGGAGAAUACAGAGCAGUUAUUCAGCAUUACAGAGGAUUAAUCAGGACCUGGAGGACAAAAUCCACCGAACUUCCCAACAUCAUGAUGAUGAGAAGCGAGCACUCAGUCAAGAGAUCAUUGUCCUUAACACACACCUGAUGGAGGCAAAGAUCACAAUCGAGAAGCUUAAAGAGGACAACGAUUUAUACAGGAAGGACUGCAACCUGGCAGCUCAGCUCCUGCAGUGUAAUCAGUCUCAAUACAGAGCUCAGCUCUCUGAGUUGCCAGCAGAUUUUCUGGAGCGUUUGAGUCUGCACAUUGAGGAUUCCUCCCCAAUCUGUCGUUCGCCUUAUUCUGACCCCAUUCCCUCCUCUGCACUGGCUAACGUUUUAGAGAAACCAGAGGAAGCAUCACGUUCUCCGAGUCCAACACGUCACGAGCUCCACGAGCCUCACGAGCACCCGGGCUUCCUGAUCGGCACACCUGUGGGCGGAGAUGAGCGUCUGGGUCUGGGAUUGAGGAGCGUGGCUAAGUGUGAAGUUUACAGCAGUGACACGGCGCUGUACUGCCCAGAUGAGCGGCGUCGUGAGCGCAGGCCCAGUGUUGACCUGCACCGGUUCCCGCAUUUUAACACCUCAGUGGGCGGAGCCUCCAGCUCUUACUCCAGUUUCAGUGGGGGUGGCUCUGAAGAAAAAGGGGCAGAGCCUCCUUACAGCACCACCUCCUCGCCUCAACACCAUGGGAUUUACAUGGAGUGGCGAGACGGUGUUGAGUACGAGCACAAAAGUGACGAUUCCUGGGAAAGAGAAAGUCCGAGCGCCUUCAGCGUCUCUCACGUUUACCAAAACGGUGGCUCUCCUCUCUACAGUGGUGCAAUGUCCUGCUACAGUGAGCCGUACGAGCCCCUCCCACCAUCCACCUCCCCCAGUGUCAACUAUGGUGACAGUCGGCGUGGCAGUGCACUGAUGCCAGAAGAGGAGGAGGAGCCAGAGGAGGAGCAGGAGGUGCUGAUUGGCCGAUGGAGGCGGUUAAGUGUAGAGGACGUCAGUGCUCACUCGUUCUGCAGCACCGGGCGUGCUUCACCAUACAGCUUCUCCGAGCAGCACUUCUCCGUCCGACCUGCCAAGAUCCGGCUCGGUCCCCUCUACAGCAGCUUCCAGGAGGGAAGUGAUGCUUAUCGGCACCAUGGUGCCGCCCUGCUGGAUCAGUUCUCCAGUACCGAUCUCCGGAAUACACACUUGUACAGCACAGAGGACGAGACCCAGGAGGUGGAGCAGCAGGUAGCUGGACUCGAGCAUGAAUAUGAGGAUGAGGAGGUGGACGUGAGUCCAAACAGCUCCAAUGAGUCACUGGAAAUCGGAUCCAUGGAAAUUGGUGCUGAGCUGCAGUCGUUUCAGCCGGACCGGAUCAGUGCCUCUCCUCAGGAAACGAGUUCUCCUCCGACUCAGGCAGCAGCACAAUACCAGACGUUCACCACGCUGGGCCUGACCAGGAAGGACAGUCUCACAAAAGCGCAGCUCUAUGGCACUCUGCUCAACUGAGGACCCUAUGAGGACCCGGGUUCCACAAAAUGUAACACAACAAAACGUUUACUGUAUGAGGAGGAGCUCAGCAGAACUCAGCUCCACCUUAUUCUGCUCAUCUGAAGACCUGAUUUCACUUCAUUCAGUUCAAGUCACACGUUUGAGUGCGCUACUGAGAACCGUUUCAGCCAAUCAGAACACACGAUUUUGGAAUUAUUUUAUUAAAACUGGGGCUAUACUGAUCUUUUAGUAAAGUUGUGUAUACAUGUUCUUGUGGCCAGGCCCAGCUAAAUAUUCUCAGCAGAUUUACAGAAGUUUUGAUGAAGUUCUGACUGUUUGUAGACACGUGUAUGUCAAUCAACACCAAACAGCUGCAAAUUAAGACUUUUACAAUGAUUUGAUUUACAAAUGAUUUGAUUUACCACGCCCUCACAAUGACAAAAUAAUGAGUAAAUGGAGAAAGAGCGCCUCCUGAGCGCUAAAUAAUCCAGUGCAUCAGCUAGCAUACUCGAACACGUCUUCCUUUUAUAUGGUGUCAUUACUUCUGUCCUAAAUGAACAGCUUGUGUCAUUUGUACUUAUUUAUACAUUUACUUUUCUUUCUUUCGUGUCACUAAUAUGAAGUGAAUUCGAGAAAGUGCUCAUUAAAUUGGUGUGUAACUGUUUAAACCUCACAGCUUUGUGAACCAGUUAAGAUUAAAUGUGUUGAUAUACGACGUGAUAACAGUAGUGUCACACUGAAACAGUUUACUGUGUAACUCCACCUCCUAGCCCCGCCCCUGGAAACCAGGCAGAUACAAAGGCAUUGAUUUAACAGUCUGGAGUGACAGAGCUCCAGAGUCAGAGUCAAGUUUGGUGUUGGGGGUGGAGUUAAGAGGCUUUAGGAGUGUUUCUAUAACAAAUCCAAUCAGUCAGUUACAGACUUUUCAGCACAUUAAUACACCAAUUUCUCUAACAGGAUUUUUGGGCUUGGUGAAUCAGAUCGUUACUGAGAUUUAGUGUCAGUCUGAUAUUAUCCAAUCAGGACGCCUCUCGGUGGUGCACUCAGACUUUUUUCCGACCCGACUGUGCGUUCUCUCUGUGUUUCUGCUCAGUGGUGUUUUUCUACAGUGGAGAUGAAGUCAUGAUGUUCUGUGGUUGAUAUGAAGCUUGGACGUUUCUACAGCAGAUUUUCAUGCUUGUGAACACUGCUUAUUUUUAAGUACCACUUGCUGCAGAGGGAGGGGGCGGAGUCAGACCUGAAUUGACUCCUCCUGACUGGGAAGAGUCAAAAUAAACAAGGUGAAGACAAACCUAGGAGAAGUCAGAUCAGGUCAAGCUCCUCCCACUGCACUUCUGCAGGAGUACUUUCCUGGUUUUUUUGAAGAAAAAAAAGUUUAAUUUCUUGGAUUUUGGAGCUUGUGAUUUGAUAGAGUGUGUGAUGUGGUGUAGCGUGAGGUUCGAGUGAAAAGCUUUAUAGCACAGAGGUGGAUGGAGGUGACAUGCUACCUGUUAAAAGUUAUGCUAAUUUUGAGUGAAAGUAAAAAUUCUCUUUUAUCCAUAGCUGUAUUUAUUGUUCAAUAUUUCAGUGAUGAAUGAAACUUUGAUUACAGAGAGAAUAAUCAUGUCUUUAUAAGCCCUAAUAACUGCUACACAACAAUAAACAGCCUCACACUCAGAAGGUACAGAUAUCUGACCUUCCAAAUCACUGGCUGCGUCCCAGACGCUGGUCAUGGAAAGGGAGAGUCUGUUAGCUAAUGGGCAAAUUAGCAGUGUAUAAGACUAGCACUAAAUCCUUUCUCUCACAAACACACACACAGAAACACACCCAAACACCCAAACACACAGUGCAUUAUGUAAUAUACACACUGUAAGGAACAGAGGGUGUGUUCAGAGCCACGCCUCUGUCUCCUCUGAUUGGCUGAAGUACAGGUUUAUUUUGGCGUUCUGAGUGAUUGGAUUCUUCUCUCUGUGUUUCAGCUCCUCUACCUCACUGACUCUCCGCUCUUUCUGUUCCCUGUAAUCAGACUCACCUUCAUGCAUGAGCCUCCUCCUGCUCCUUACUCUGUUUACCUUCCUCUAAUAAAGCACAACUACUACACCACAGCUGUCUCACUCUCUCUGCCUGUCUCACUCUCCGUCAUUGGUGUAU